CCGACAUACCAAAUAUGAAAACAAUCCAUCUAGGCGUUCUCGUGUUAUGCUGGGCUUCUACACAAAGGCAUAUUAGAUACACAUAUGCAUACAGGCGCUACUGAAAACAUAGCCUUUUUGGCGAAGGUAAUAAAAAAGUUGCCCCUAGAUAGAAAAUAGACUACACAUUCUUUGCAGUUAUAGUCAAAUAUGUUUUUUAGCUUUAAUGCAUGAAAAUCGGAGUAAAGAGUAGUCUGAAAAGCAGAGAUUUUGAGGCAGCUGUUGUUCAGAAUAAUUCCAUGGUGUUCAAGAUCCAAACAAAAUUUGUAGUGGUACAUGAACGAAGUUCAGCUCCCCAGUAGUAACUUUAGGUGUUUCCCAGUCUGAAUGCAUUAUCAUAAGCCCACGGAUCCAUUCAUUGGGUCUUAUGAAAACAAUGUCAAUCUAGAAUGUCAUUGCCAGGACGAACAAAGACCCAGACAGAAAACUAAACAAACAUGUCAAUAAAAACAUUGCCAUGGCGACGGUGGCCUCUGACUAUCAUUUUUCUCUCGCCAAGUUUAACGUUACAAUUAAUAAAUUGCAUAUGUUUUUUGACGUAUCCCAGAUUUAGCACAUUUCCCCGAAAUUUAGAGACUCCGUGAUGGUAUGUAAUGGCAGUUCAUAAUGCGCUUCUGAAAAUGGUUAGCCCUUAACGUAGUGAAACAACAAGAGGGGCGAGUAGAACAGAAAUAAACAAUUUAUACAAAUAACCUGACCGACCCGCGAAUUGAACCCGGGUCCUCAAGAUCACAACACAAGCAGCGUAACUGACUGACCCAAAAGCCUGACAGGCGUUUGGCAUGGUCAGUUAGCACUACUUGAACUCCCCCACUGUUACAGUAGGGGUCAAGCUUUAAGUAGGGUCAAGCUUUCCACAUACAUGUAGGUUGUCCGUGAGUUUGUAUCCCAUCAACCUUUGCGAGGCACGGAUCAUAGUCCUUCGGUUUCUUCCGGUUUUGAUGUAGUCGCUUGUUGUCGGCCGAGACCAAAAUCAUAUCGUCCUGGCACAAAUACCCUGUACUCCUUUUCAAAGACAGCAAAUUUACGCUACUUGUGGUAACUAUACACAAGAAAAUGGCCACAGGAACUCGAGGCCCAGUCUGCACACCCUCCGACGCUGUUACCUUCAUCGACAACAAAGACAUAAGUGUGAAGGAGGAGAUCGGAAAGGGCACGUUCGGCACCGUGUACGUGGCUAACUACAAGGGUAGACAGGUGGCUGUCAAGAAGCUGGGGUUUGAAGACUACCCAUGGCGACUACCCGAGCCAGCGAGGGUCCUGCGGGAGAGUGUGCUGGAAGAAGCGGCGAUCAUGCAGCAGAUACAGGCAGAGAACGUGGUUCGGCUGAUCGGCGUAUGUUUAGAGCCCGCAAAUUACAUCAUUGUCAUGGAGUUCAUGCCGAAAGGAUCACUUCUCAACCUGCUCCUCAGCAAUACGCCCCUGUCAUGGGCACAGCUGCUGCAGUUCAGCACAGAUGCUGCCAGGGGUCUCUGUGCUCUCCAUCGCCCAACUGAGAGCGGUCCACCCAGAGUUCAUGGGAAUUUGACAACCUCAACAUAUCUUCUUGAUGCCAACAUGCGAGUUAAGCUGUCAGACUUCUGUACCACAAAAACGAAAACGUCUGUCAAAAGAUACUCCAAGUUCCGUCGGGGAAGAAGCACAGUUGCUUACGUUGCCCCGGAGAAUCUCAGAGAUAUCAACGCACCGCUGACGCCGGCCGCAGAGGUAUUCAGCUUUGGCAUUGUUCUAUGGGAGAUUGCAAGCAGGAAGUUGGCACACGAAGCUAUAAGGUAUAAGGAAAACGAGAUCCACAAGUUCGUCCUGGAACAGAAAAGAAAAGAGGAGAUACCUGCCAACUGCAACAGCUCUCUCGCCGCCAUUAUAGACAAAUGUAGGAGCUUUGAAGACACAAGACGGCCGGAGAUGGCAGAGGUGGUCAAACUGCUGGAAAAUGCCGAGCGGAACUGUCCAUCGUCAUGACGGGAUUUCUUGAGGGGACACGGCAUUUUUUUGGGGGGGG